CUCUUUCCCGUAGGCGGCAGCGACAGCCGGCCGGCUGGCGAGCUCCCCCCCUCCGCCCGCGCUCUCCCUCGCGGCGGCCCGGGACGCGCUUCUCCUCCCGCCCCCUGCGCUGAUCUCCCGCGAGCAGGGGGGCGCUGUCGUUCCUUCGUCCUCACCGUUUGGGGGGGGGGGGGUUCAACUGAACCUCCAUGUCCCACAAUCGAUCCGCCCCUGCUGAAGAUGUUCUCAAGGUUGCCGGCAAGUGCAAGGGAGCAGAUGGGCCAAGCGCUAGCAGUGUUCUCAAAGGUGCCCAAAAUGCAUGGGAUAUGCUAUCUGAUGAGCAAUCACGGAAGCACAUCAAUACUGGAUCUGCUGACCUCAACAACAUACUUGGUGGAGGGAUUCACUGUAAAGAGGUUACUGAGAUAGGUGGUGUCCCAGGGAUCGGUAAAACUCAACUAGGGAUUCAACUAGCAAUCAAUGUCCAAAUUCCAUUGGAGUAUGGUGGACUUGGCGGGAAAGCUGUUUAUAUAGAUACAGAGGGCAGUUUCAUGGUUGAGCGUGUCUACCAAAUUGCUGAAGGGUGUAUCAGUGACAUACUGGAGUACUUUCCAUACUGCCAUGAAAAGGCUCCAUCUGGACAAAAAAGACUGAAGCCUGAGAGUUUCCUGGCAGACAUCUAUUACUUUCGAAUAUGCAGCUAUACUGAACAAAUUGCAGUCAUAAACUAUUUAGAGAAGUUUCUUGAGGAGCAUAAAGAUGUGCGAAUAGUUAUUAUUGACAGUGUUACUUUCCACUUCCGACAAGAUUUUGAUGAUAUGGCACUGAGAACAAGAGUGCUCAGCGGAUUAUCAUUGAAGUUGAUGAAACUUGCGAAGGCACAUAACUUGGCGGUUGUUUUGUUGAACCAAGUCACUACCAAAUUCAUGGAAGGAUCAUUUCAGUUAACUCUUGCUCUAGGUGACAGCUGGUCCCACUCAUGCACCAAUCGACUAAUUCUGUAUUGGAAUGGGAAGGAGCGGUAUGCAUACCUUGACAAGUCUCCUUCACUUCCAGUAGCCUCAGCGCCAUAUGCAGUGACAGGUAAGGGUGUGCGAGAUGCUGUUAGUUCAAGCUGCAAGCGAGUCCGGGUAACGUAACAAUCUUGGUGUUGAACCCUUGUACCGUUGGUAACCAUCAUGUCCAAACCGUGCGGCAUUAUCUUUAGAUCUUUCGGUCUAACUAAGCUGAUUGAUGGUAGGACCAUCUAUGACAUCGUCUUGUUUGCUUCUGCCCCUAGUUAAUUGUACAGAGCUAACUGAAGCAAAAAUGGGUGCUUCUUUUUGGUUGAUCCAAUCAUGUAACAAGUACUCUACAGGCUCGUUACAAACAUGGAGAUACAUUGAUCACAGAUGUGUGCUCCUUUGGUUAGUAAACAAAAGAUAAAGAACUACAGUAUGGCUGCCGGAGGUGGUUUGUAUUGUGAUAAA